UAGGUGCGCACGGCGUUCACAUUUUGGCGUGGAACGAGUCGGCCAUUUUUGUUGCUUGACAUAGGAAAUAUAUUGUGUUUCUAUGUGUAACCUAGUGGUCUGAACUCAUUGAAUUCAUGGCCACGGCUGAAAGUGACAAGUCUAUUUUACAGUAGUGUGUUUUAAAUGGAGAUUUCACCCGAUUCGUCUUGUGGACUUCACUUUUUGACGGACCCAAGGGCACUACUUCACAGUCAACUCGGAGCUGUAUAUGACCCUGAUUAUCUUUAAAAAACAAACCAAACAGCGUCUACAGAAGACGAUACUGGUAGAGAUAAGUAGAUAGAUUGUGUAUGUAAAGAUCGAGAGCCUUAAAAUUUCGAAUGAAGCAACGUAUUUUGUAGUAAAGUGCUUCAAUCGUAGUCUCACCUGGACGUCAAAAAUAAUUUAUUCAACAUGUCGACUCGAACCCCACUGCAAACAGUUCAUGAAUCGGUAACAACCGAAUCAAGAAGCAGCAAUCGUCGGCAAACUGAUGACAAUGCCAACCCGAGAAUCUCGUCUUCUGGUCGAAGGACGGAUGAACCUCACAUCGGAAAAUACAGACUGAUUAAAACAAUUGGCAAAGGAAAUUUUGCCAAAGUGAAGUUGGCUAAACAUGUCCCAACUGGCAGGGAGGUUGCAAUCAAAAUUAUUGACAAGACACAGCUGAACCCGUCAAGUUUAAACAAGCUUUUCAGGGAAGUAAGAAUAAUGAAGAACUUGGACCAUCCCAACAUUGUGAAGUUAUUUGAGGUGAUUGAAACAGAAAAGACGCUGUACUUAGUGAUGGAAUAUGCAAGUGGAGGAGAAGUGUUUGACUAUCUUGUUGCCCAUGGAAGAAUGAAAGAAAAAGAAGCCAGGGCAAAAUUUCGACAAAUUGUGUCAGCUGUACAGUACUGUCACCAAAAGCAUAUAGUCCACAGAGAUCUUAAGGCUGAAAACUUACUUUUAGAUGGUGAUAUGAACAUAAAGAUUGCUGACUUUGGUUUUAGCAAUGAGUUUGUUCCUGGAAACAAACUAGACACAUUUUGUGGGAGUCCCCCUUAUGCUGCACCAGAGUUAUUCCAGGGGAAAAAAUAUGAUGGUCCUGAGGUGGAUGUUUGGAGUUUAGGAGUAAUAUUGUAUACUCUAGUCAGUGGUUCCCUCCCUUUUGAUGGACAAAAUUUAAAGGAAUUGAGAGAAAGGGUGUUGCGUGGAAAAUAUAGAAUCCCAUUUUACAUGUCAACAGACUGUGAAAAUUUGUUAAAAAAGUUUUUAGUAUUAAAUCCUACAAAGCGAGUUUGUUUAGAGAAUAUUAUGAAGGACAAGUGGAUGAAUAUAGGUUGCGAGGAUGAUGAACUUAAACCUUUUGUAGAGCCCCCUGCAGAUGUCCUUGACCCCUUGCGGAUAGAACUAAUGGUAAACAUGGGCUACACAAGACAGGCUAUAGAAGACUCUAUCACACAGCAGAAGUAUGAUGAUGUCCAGGCUACUUACCUUUUGCUGGGAAGGAGGACAACAGAUUUGGAGGGCAGUGACCGUUCUGGUAGUAGUCAGUCAUUACGACAUUUAGGACAGAUAUCAUCCAAUAGGCCUCACAGUGAAAACACAACCAACAGUCAGUCUCCUAACAAAGUGACGCGGAGUCAGUCUGCUACCAGUAGUGGCACUAAUCAAGGCAGGCGACGAUACAGUCAAGGCACAGAAAAUAAUGGUAGUAUCAAACAAAAUAAUGGUGGUAUCAAACGUAAGUUCACAGAAAAUAAUGGUGGUAUCAAACUUAAUAAGUUCACAGAAAAUAAUGGUGGUAUCAAACGUACUACAGGACCAUCCAGCUCUCAAUCAUCAUCACACACCCCUCGUAGACAAAACACCAUUGAUUCUUCCUCAACCAAGGAAAAUGCCCUGUCAGGACGUAAAACUCCCUCAGGAGGUUCAGUCAUGGAAUCUCCUAAGAGAUCUCCUUUUGUACGAGAGAGUAUCAAAGGACAACAGAUCAGCUCCACACCAACCCGCUCUACAAUGCCCAAAAAGCUAAGUUCAUCUCAGACCUCAUCUUCCUCCUCUGCAGCCAAGAACAGUACCAUUCACAGUAGUAUACCACGCCGCACAGGCCGCAGUGAGACUUUCAGUCCAGGAGAUGUACGGGUCCAGCCUUCCCAGGAAAAACCAGCCCGCACAACUAAUGGCCAGGAUCUCAGAGGACCAAUGUCCAAUUCCACUGGUGGUACAGAAAAUCCAUCUGUUCGGCCCAAAAGUCAUGUAAAGUCUGCAAGUCUAACACAGUCUCAGGUUGCCCGUGUUACAGACCUACCUCCGCUGAGUGAUGGUGACAACUUUCGACCAACGACUGCCCCUGGAAAAACUUUACCUGUAUCUCCUGUACCACCCAAAAGUUAUCUGAAUAGAACUGUACUCAGAAACACAUUCCAUGGUGGUCCAGUGAGAGACAGACGGCAGCCCAGAACAUACAAUGGACCCGAGCAAACUCAGGACACCUCUGCCAUGAGUGCGGCAGGUCGCAUGUCAUUUUUCAAUAAACUAAGUCAAAAAUUCAGCCGCAGGGAUAACACAACUUUGAGUGGGGAGAAAAUGGAACAUAAAGCAUUGAGUCGUGAACUCAAAUUGUUCCGCAGGUCAGUUGCAGAGGGCCAGUCAGAAAACCCAAUGGUCAAGCCAAGGUCUCUGAGAUUCACAUGGAGCAUGAAAACUACUAGUUCAAUGGACCCUAAUGACAUGAUGAAAGAAAUAAGGAAAGUGUUAGAUGCCAACAAUUGUGAUUAUGAACAGCGAGAAAAAUUCUUGUUACUGUGUGUACAUGGUGAUCCAAACACAGACAGCUUAGUGCAAUGGGAAAUGGAGGUCUGUAAGCUCCCGAGACUCUCCCUCAAUGGAGUACGAUUCAAACGGAUUUCAGGGACCUCUAUAGGGUUUAAGAACAUCGCUUCAAAAAUUGCCAAUGAACUUAAACUGUGAUGCCAUGUUAAAGUGCUGGAGUGUUGAAUGGAAUCUAUGGUUGCCACUGAAGCAGGUCUUAGUGGUCUGAGACCUGAACCAAACAGCCCUAUGUGAGCAAUGGUCAGUGGACAAAUGAUAGAUAUUAACUUGUCUGUGGUAAAAUUUAUAUAUUACAAUCGCAUUAACAGAUUUUUAUUUUGUACAGAUGUGUAAAGAAAAUAUAAUGUAUUUGUAUGAUAAAAUAAAUGGAGCCCAUGCUAAAUGCAGGAAUGGUAAUAUGUACACAAGUACAGUAUAUGUAUAUUUAAGACUUGUAUGAAUGAAAGAAAGAAGGUUGGUUGUGAAUGUGAGCAUGUAUGUGAUAAACUUGGAGGGAUGGGCACUGGAGCAGAUGAUUACUGCCGAAGUUUGAGAGUUUUUCACAAGCUAAAACUGGAUAGACAUUAUUUACAUGUUCCUGUGAUGACAUGUUAAUAAAUGUUACUGAGACAGAUUGAUUUCAUAUGGAUCAACUAUUUAUCAGUCUUGCCAUUGUUGUAAUAUAGUUUAGAAAAAUGCACUUGAUGUACUUCACAGGAGUGAUUGUACUUUGUGUGUUUUAUCAUGUGACAGUCUCAUCCCUCAAAAGUUUUACUUGUCCAGUGCAAUUUACUUUCCAAAGGUAAAAAAAAAAUGUGAACAAAUGACACAGGUGAUGUUCUUUUAUAUAUUAAAUGUUUUAAAAUGUGUCUGCAUGUGUAUGCUAUAUGCUUCCAUGAAAUGAUUUUAAACCCCAUAAAGAAAGAGAGCCCACCAAUGCUUAUUGCAUAGGAGAUGUUCCCAUGGUAUUUCAGCAUGUUUUAUGUCUGUCACAAUUCUUUGAUUUCAUGGACAUUUGGAUAAAAUCACAAAUGAGAUUAAAUUUGUAGAAGUAGGGGACAGUAUUCUGCAGGGCUUAAUUGCCAGGAUCAGUUUGGCUUUUAUUAUAAUUUCCUCUGUUUUCAAAGUGAAUUUUUAUGCAUUAAUGUUUAUAUAAUGUAAUUGCACUUCCCUUAGAAAAAAAUAUUUUGUCACUCUAUGUCUUGUGUAAUUUUUUAUUUCAAUCAAACUGAAUAACAAUGGUCAUGUUGUUUAGCAACAAGUAGAAAUUGUUGUGUUCAUCAGACAGAAAGGACUUUCAGUGCUUAAAAAAGAAAUGAGAUUCUGAUAAAAAUGUAAAGAAAAUCAAUUUUUCUCUAGUAAGAUGGGUAAUUUUGUUCUUUAUUCACUUGGGAUUUUUUUUUCUUUACAUUUCUGUUUUUGAAACAGGUUGCUCUGCACAAAAUAUUGUUAACAAUAUCACCUUGUUCAUAUACCAAGCAAUUGUGCCAAGGAUAGUCGUUAUUUCCAGUUUUAUAUGUAUCACUUGCACACCAGGUGAUUAGAAAUGGAUGCAUUGGUUGUUUGUUCCUUUUUCAUAUAGCAUUUUACAUAGAUCUAAUUCAUGUAUCUUACAGUCUAGAUUCUGGUUAAUAUCCUGAAUAACUUAAUUGUGGACCAAACAUUUUUUUUUAUCUCUUUAGUGAGUAAAAGUCUCAGCACAUUAGUGUUUAUUUAAAUUUGAAGGGGGGGGGGGGGGGUCAUAGGCAAAUACAGAAUCUUUUGUAGAAUUUGUGUAUGCUGUUGUUUCUACUAGAAUUAUUCUCUGAGAAAAUGGGGUUUAUUGGGGGGUGGGGGGUGUAUUUAUUUUUGGUGUACUAAAUCAUAUUUGUUUUUAACUGGUCCAUGUACUUAAAUUAAUCUGCAAGUCCAUCAAGUCUACUCAGGAAGGAAGAUUUUCAUCAUUUUUGUCUCGCUGCAUCAUGCACAGCAGGGUGUUUGGUAGGUACACAUGUGGUCAUGGAAAUUGUGAUAAAUGAAAGGUUUUUAUUUUGAACAUCAGACAUUUGUUAGCGAUUCAUUAUCUUUAUUCAGGCAUCUGAAUAGAUUGUAUUGUUUUUAUGCUUUUGAGUAAUAUAACUGUGGUGUAACAGUAAUCGUGUAGGAUGUAACACUGUAUAUCUAACCCCCAAACAUGCAUGGAAACAGGACAAUCCUAUUUUGAUGUCUGGACUUUGUUGUUUGUUACCCAGGAUCAGGAGUUCACCCUAUCAGAAAUUAAUAAUCUUUUUAUCAAUUGUCAUACAGUUACUUUUAGUUCAUCAUAAAUAGUGAACAGGCAAUUAAAAUUUUCAUGAAAUGAA